AUGAUUGUCUCUGUUUCUGGCACUAUGGUAUGGGCAGGUGUCUGUGUUGCACGCGUCAUAUCAGCUAUGAUCACUGAUGUUGUGAACGCUGAAGCGAAUGUUUUAUUUGUUGUUGCAAUUGCUGGCACUGUGGGUAUACCAAGUUUUGCUGUUGACGUAACAUUUAGACUCUGUUCCACUGUUGUUGGUACUUCAGGUGUUGUAUUGAUGGCUAUUGUCUUGGGUUUACCUCCUGGUGUCAUUGAUGCUGUGUUAGACAGUAUCCCUAUGUUUGUAACAGAAGCUCCGGGUGAUGCUGUGACUGUGGCAGCUACCGUUUCUGCUGUCGUGCGCCUACCUCCAGGCGUAGAUAGUGCUGUGGUGAGUGGCUUUUGUUUUGUAGUAGAAGGUUCAAGUGAUAUUGCUGUUUUAGUGCCUGUCACCGUCGGUCGAGCUUCAGGUGUCCUUGCUGGCUUUGUCUGUGGGUCAGAAGAUUUUCCAAGCGACGUUGUUGCUGAGGCAGUUGUGGUCUUUUGCAUCACAGAUGUAUAUCUGUGUGUCGUCGCUGCUGUCUUGAGUGACGCCUCUAACUCUGUAGAAGCUCUGUGUGUUGUUAUUGCCGCUUCAGUUUCGGCUAUUGAUGUUAUUAUAAUGGGUGUUACCUCCGACUCUACAGAAGAAGUUCCAAGGGAUGUUGUUGUUGCUGCUGUUGUACUUUCUAACAUCGUGGGCUUAACUUUAAAGGUUGUUGUUUUAGUCUUGAGUGACGACUCCGUCUUCAUAGAAGCCGCUUUGAGAGUUGUUAUUGUCGCUUCAGUUACGGCCAUCGACGGUUUAGCCUUAGAAGUCUUUGAUGUUGCGAUGCGUGUUACUUCCGGCUCUACAGGAGAAGGUCCAAGAGAUGUUGAUUUUUUUGCAGUUAUAGCCUCUACCAUCGUAGGCCUAACGUCAACGGUUGUUGUUUCAGUCUUGAGUGACGAAUUUGGCUUUGUAGGGGAAGCUGUGAGGGUGCUCAUGGCUGUGCCAAUUAUGGUCUCUGCUAUUGUCGAAGUUUCCGGUGAUAUUGUUUUCAUGGCAGUCGUCUUCGGUUCUGCACUAGAAGUUCCAAGUAAUGUUGUCUCUGUGGCACUUAUAAUUUCUGACAUUGUGGGUCUAGCUUUAGGUGACGUUGCUGCUUUAGCGAGUGUUGACUCGGUGGGUGAAGCUCGGUGCGAUGUUGUUAUCGCAGUAGUUGUUGUCUUUCGAGUUGCAAGUGUAGAUGUUGUAAUCGUAAUUUUUGUAGAAGGCACAGUUUGCACGCAAAAUCCACAGCUUCGUUUGCAGUAUUUCUGA